GGACGCUGAGUUCUCAGAGAUUCUCAGAGGUAUGUCCCUUAAACAAUGUGCUUCGCAUAGAGGAGGGGCAGAAUCUGUACGAUGCGAUCAUGGCGCAGGCUCUUAUGAUGACAUCGCCUGCAACAACGACACCGGUGACCGUUUCGUCGACUAUACAUACAUCUGCGGCGGUGACGCCGACAACAAUGACACCAACAACAACGACAACAACGCCGGCACACGCGAUACCAAGGAUACAAGCUACAUCAGCAAAGGUGUCGACAGGGGCAGUGGCGGCAAUGGUGACAACAAAGACUUCGAUAACAACCACAACAACGACGACACAUGUGAAACACGCGACAAUAACGACAACAACAAUUACACCAAUGGUGUCAGCAGUGGCAGCAGAGGUGAUGAUGACAACAGUGACACCGACAACAUCAACAACGAUGAUGACAUAUAAAACAAUAAUGACAACAACGACGAUACUUCUUCGAUUCCCCCCUCUAGUGGUAGGGGGGUUUCCUUUGCAUUUCCAGUCUUUUGUUGGCCUUCGGAUAGGGGUGGGUUAGCUGUUGACUAAUGGUAUAAGGGGAUUGCUGGCCUGUGGGUCCCGAGUAUGAUUGCCAUGCAUUAGAGAGGCUAGCCAGAUAGGUUUGUGGUUGAUGGGCUGUUGCCCCCUCCACUAAAAAUGAAUUGAGAUGUGAUUUGCAACAUAUUAGUGUUAACAAUGCAGUAGGUUAAUCCUCCUCUGGUAUGGGGGAGCAAUCAAAGCCUCUGCACAGA